AUGGAUCCUAACCAUUUUCAUUAUCAACAAGCUAUGUUCAAUUUCAUGCAAAAUUAUCAAAAUCCUAAUCCUCAAAAUUCUCAAAUUCCACCGAUGCCACCAUUUUCUACUCAAGUUCCACCAUUUUCAACUCAAGUUCCACCAUUUUCUACUCAAGAUCCAAUUGUGGGAGUUGAUCAAAAGGCUGAGAGUUUUUGGGUAAGAGUCGCUGCCAAUUAUAACGAGUAUCGUGGGCAAUCGCGGGAAAAGUUAAAGGGACAAUUAAAAUGUCGAUGGCAUCGAAUAAAUAGCUUGGUUCAAAAAUUUGUUGGAUGUUACAAACAAGUUGUUAAUGGAAAGAAAAGUGGGAUAUCGGAGAACGAUAUCAUGGCCGCUGCAAAUGCAUUUUUUGCUCAGGAUCAAGGUACAACAUUCAAUCUUGAGUACGCAUGGCGAUAG